GAACAAGUCAAUUGCUUUUAGCAGUCAUUUAAGUUCCCAAAUGUGAUGAGUUAUGUAGCCCAUAACAAUGUCCAUAUGAAGUUGACACUAGAAAAUCAACCGGUGAAGACAAACACAAACUUUGAAAUGUCACUUUUUUUCUUAGAUAUCCCCAAUAGUUUUUUUUUGUUUUCAUAAAGCUCAUUCAUAGAUUACCAAGAAGAGUUUUCUGAUAAUCCUCCAAAACCCAGUUUUUUAUUUCUCAAACUGAGAAGAAACAAGGCUCCAAAAGAAGAAGAGAGAAAAGCUCACCUCAAUGAUAUAACCAUCUUCAAAGCUCUCUUGUUUCUUUCAAUCCAGAGGAACCCAUAUCUUCAGUUGUGUAGAGAUUGAAAAAAAUGAUGUCAAACGAGGUUGCCCAAGAAGCAGAUUCAAGAAACUGUGAGAAAUCUAAGGAGCUGAUGGUGGAGAUUGAGUCGAUUGCUGAAAACUCUGAUGGUGGCAGAAACAGACGAGCAACAGAACCAAUGAAGAAAACUAAGAAGUUGAGAUCAAUCAAAAGCUUAAAAUCAAGCAAAAAAUGGGGCAAUUCUCCAGUUUGUCGCCCUCGUGGUGGUUUACCUAGAUAUGCAGCCGCAAGUUCGGACGAGUUAACUCCAGUGGAGAUAUCAGAUUCAUCGUCCAAUUUUAUUUACCAGAAUCACCAGGUAGCAGCACUCAGAAUUUUGACAAGACGACCUAGUCUAAAGCUUACAAAAACUAUAACAAGAAUGCCUAGCAAGAAACUCAAGAGACCUGUCGUGAGGAAAUUGCGAGGAGGAGUUGACCCGAAGAAGAGAUUGAAGAAGGCAAGAUCAGUAAAGCUCGCAAAUUUUGCAAGCUCAAGAACAUAUAGGAGCAAAGAUGAUGGUUCUGGAUGCGAUCAGGAUUCAAGAACAUAUAGUGAUGCAGAAAUUUCGGCGCACUAUUCUGAGGUGGCAAUCUCUUGUAGUUCAAGAAAGAUUCAGUUUCAGGAAAUUUCCCAUUUUCCUGAGUUCAGUAUUAAUGGUGAUCAAGAUUGGAAAAAUACAAGGAUUGCAAAACCAAAGAUCCUUCUUGCUAGAAACAAGUCUUUAAGGGGUCUUAAAAAAAGCCCGAGUUUGAGAUCUUCAAGGACCAUAACUAGAAUGGCUAAUUUGAAAUCGAAGGUUCAUCCCAGUCAACACUCAAACGUUCACCAAGCUACAUGUUCUUCAGCUCUUAAAGACUCCAGGUUGCAUGAUCGCAGUAAGCUUCAACUAGCAAGAAACGAAUCCGAAGGAGUUUCAGCCAAAAAGGUUUGUCCAUAUACUUACUGUUCUCUUCAUGGCCAUCGGCAUGCCACUGUACCUCCACUGAAGCGCUUUGUAUCAAUGCGAAGGCAUGUAUUGAAGACUCAGAAAAGCAUAAAACCUGAAAAUCGAGUUCCACUUAAGUCAAGGCGUCCUGCUAAAAAGAAUAAAGGAGUUCAGACUUGCGAAAGUAUAGAUGCUGUAUAUCAAGAAACUCCCAUUGACAGUGUAUCUUCCUCAGGUGGACCACCCAGUGAGAGAGUAUCAACCCGCAGUCCAGCUGCUGCUGAUGUCAGUGAGCCGAUGGAGCAACCAUCUUUUUCCAGAGAAGAAAAGAAAGACGAUUCUAAGGCAGAGAGUGUGCUUGUUAUCUCUGAAAACUCUUUGUCGACAUUUACCAAUAAUCUACCCUCCAGAGCCAAAAUGGAAAAGCAGAAAAGUAAUGCAUUUUGGCAUCUGAUUUAUCAGCAUAUGGUAACAGGUCUCACUGCAGAAGGAGAAACACUGCAGGUAGAUGAGGAAAACCAUGUGAAGGAUAUGCACGAAAUGCAUAGAGGGAAUAGUUCUGGCUCUUGUGAGGACUUCUCUGGAUCUGAUCAUAUUAUUGGUAUGGAAGAUCAAGAUGCAACUGGCAAGAAGAUUGAAUUCACUAAGAGUGAUGCAGUUAAGCUCGUUCAACAGGCAUUUGACAAGAUUCUGUCAGAAAUUCCAGAUCAGUCAUCUGAUGAUCAAUCAAUUGAAAGUGAGAUGAAUUCAGAACAGGAACUUGAAUUGAGGAAUUGUGGCGAAGGUGGACUGAGCAGUUCAACUUCCUUCAGCUCUCUUAUGGACAGUGAAGCACAAGGCAGCGAUGAAAUGGAGCAUGAAGUUAAAAAUGCUAUUAUCUCUGAAGAAAAAUCAAAAUCAAAUGGCCGAAGCAAAUCUAACCAACAAACACCCAAGAGCUGGAGCAACCUGAAAAAGUUGAUUAUUCUCAAGAGAUUUGUCAAGGCCUUAGAAAAAAUGAAAAACAUUAAUCCAAGAAAACCACGCAAUCUAUCCGUGGAGCCUCACCCAGAAGCAGGAAAGAUUCAUCUCAGGCAUCAGACCCAGGGAGAAAGGAAAAAUUGUGAAGACUGGAUGCUUGAUUAUGCACUUCGAAAGGUUAUCACAACACUGGCUCCAUCCCAGAAAAGAAAAGUAGCUCUCCUCGUUCAGGCUUUUGAAACUGUCAUGCCACUUCCUGAAGUAGGAUAUUCUCCAAGGCCUGAGACAGAAGCAUCCUCUCAUGGAACUCCUUUUCAAGCUUGUAUUCAUUCUCCUGUUCAAACAGGUGUUGGAAUAGGAGCAGAUAAAACUUUGAGGAUCUUUCAUGAAAAGAUAUUGCAUCAUGAGACUAGUUUGAAAGAGACCCUGAGUAAAGUUAGUAAUUCCUGCACUACAAAGCAGCAUAUUCCAACUGCAUGUCUAGAGAUUAAAACUGAAAAUUCUGAGUGUUGUUUAAAUAAACAAGCACCAUCCAUUUCUGCUUCUGGGAUCAAUGACAGAGACUUGAUAAGAGAGGAGGAUGUUCCAGUUUCUUGUCAUGUUGAUGUGAAGAAUAAUUCUAUGCUCACAGAUGAUGAGGAUGAACCCGUCAAUUUCCAUUCAUCAGUUCCUGAGGAGUUCAUGCUGAAGGAUGAAUCCUCUGCAAGAGGUAGAUCUGCUGAGGAAAUCCCAACGAAGGAAAAACUUAGUGAAGUUCCUGGAGAAGAAAGUUUAGUUUUUGGAUUAGAAGCCAAUAAAAAUGCUUCUGAAUUUAAUCCAAACAGGUCUAAGUCAGUUGUUAGUUUAAUUGGUACAAUUGGUGAAGAACACAAUAAACACAGAACACUGAAAGCACCAAAUGAAGAAGGAGAUAGGCCUUACUGUGGAUUCCCCCCAGAGUCUCUUCCACUUGAAGAAUGCGAAUCCCAUCAUACCACUGAUGCAGGACAUGACACCAAAUUGGAAAAACAAAGGUAUAAAAGGCUCUGGUACUUGAUACAUAAGCACCUGUCGUCAGGUAAUUAUACAGAAGAUGGAAUCCAAACAACACCUGAAGAAGCAAGAAAGGAAGAACAGAAUGAUGAUAACAAAUCCCUGCAAAGGAGAAAUUUUGAUGGCCAGUCAGUUGUUUUUGAGAAAGAUUGGGAUAUUAAUAUGGAUACUUGUAAAGCGAAUGGUCAAAAGAUGGAACUCCACCACAUUGAAGCCAUAAAGCUGGUAGAAAAGGCCAUUGAUGAAAUUCCUCUUCCAGACAUCCAAGAUGAUUGUCCUGAUGAUCACUCAAUCAAUGGUGACCUACAUUCAGAUCAGAGGGUACAUGAGAGGACAUAUGCUGAAGGACAGAGAUUCUUAACCUCAACGUCAGCAGAUACUUCUAAAGAUAGCUUAGGAGAAUCAAACCCCAAUUAUAUGCAGAAUAAUGCAAAGGAUUUGAAGGAAAGAUCUCAUGAAUCUUACAACAUCAUCAAUUGCAUAGACAGAAAAACAGAGCCGAAGGCUGAAGAUCAAUCAAAGCUACAACCUCAAAAAAAUUGGAGCAAUCUGAAAAAAGCUAUCAUGCUUAGGAGAUUUGUCAAGGCACUAGAGAAAGUAAGAAAAUUCAAACCUGUGGAUCCGCAACCGCUGAAAUCAUUCAAUCCUGCGGAGCCACGAUUUUUGCCACUGAAUUCAGAUCCGGAAGCAGAAAAGGUUCAUCUAAAGCAUCAAAGCAUGGAAGACAGGAAACUUGCAGAGGAAUGGAUGCUUGAUUAUGCACUUCAACAAGUUGUUUCGAGAUUAAAUCCAGCUCGGAAAAGAAAAGUAGCUCUACUUGUAGAAGCUUUUGAAACAGUCAUGCCAACAGCAUAAUAGAACCAGGGUUCUGUCCUUCGGAUUCAUGCAAAACCUGUUCAAGUCAAAAGUCAAUUACUCUGUGUUUGUGUGUGCAUAUUUCCUUGAGAUUAUGAAGAACUUCUUUUGCUACUGUAGUAGAUUGGGAGCAAGUCAUAGUUAAAUUAAAAUACUAAAGAACUUAAAUAUAUUUUUUGUAAUUUUAUUAGCAUAUUGCACUUUUGCAGCUGUGCUCUGUAGCAGAACAACCGGAAUCUUUUUCAAUCUAGAAUAAACUUUUUAUUUCUCAUAAA